AACAAAACGACACCGUCACACACUCCAAAAACAAACAACAACGUUGUUUUAGUUUACUCUCUUCUCUUUCUCUCUCUAAACACCAAUAAGAAAAAAACAGAACAACAAUCAUCUUCAUCAACCACCAAACCUUAAUAAACAAUCCAUGAAACAAAAUGAACGAUUCUUCAUCAUGUUUCACUGAUUCUUCUUCCUUUUCUGCUCCAAAUACUUUUAUAGGAAUCGUUCUUCUCAACUCCAAAAUCAGAUCUUCAUCUUCCUGUAACAACAGCACUCUUCUCUUUACUCGUUCUCAGCUUCUUAGAGACUUUGCAGCAAGAGAAUUCAAUGCUUUUCUAUGGCUUUUUCUUCUUGUUAUCACCUCCUUUUUGCUUACAAGACUCUUCAAUGUUUUCACCUUCUUGUAUAAAGCUAGAACCAUUCCUGGACCUCCAGCUUCAUCGUUUUUCGGACAUUUCAAGCUUCUUUCCAAAGAAAAUCUCACUGAUGUGUUAUCGAAAUCUCACGAGAAGUAUGGACCGAUUGUUAGGCUGUGGUUAGGUCCUACUAAGCUUCUCGUGUCGGUUAAAGAUCCAGUGAUAAUUCAAGAGAUGCUCAUAAAAGCUGAGAAUAAGUUGCCUUUUUCUGGAAAAGCAUUUCAUUUAGCUUUUGGCCAAUCAAGCUUUUUUUCUCCUUUGUAUGAAAAGGUUCGAAAGAGAAGGGAAUUAUUGGAAACAGAAUUGGACGAAAGAUUGAUGAAAACGGCUGAUUUGAAUCCUCGGAAGGUUGCAGACUUUAUCGUAGAUCAAAUAGAAAAGAUUAGAGUCAGAGGAAGCAUUAGUUGUGGUUUGGUUUCUCGGCAUAUGGCUUUCACAUUAAUGGGAGCCACAUUCUUCGGAGACGGCUUCUUGGCGUGGCCGAAGGCUGCGAUAUACGAAGAACUGCUUAUGAUGAUUGCUAAAGAGGCUUGCUUUUGGGCUUCCUAUAAUGUUACUCCGUUUUGGAAUCGAGGAUUUUGGAGGUAUCGACGGUUAUGUAAAAAGUUAAGAUGCUUAACUGAAGAGAUUCUUCAUUGCAGAAAGAGCUUCGAGAUUUUAGACCAUAUCAAUCAAAAUGUUUGUAGCGAGAGUUCCAACCCAGAAACAAAAUCAGCAAAUGAUCAGAAAAAUUCUAAGGAAGAACAUUACGGUAACAUCAUGAGUGUGAUGCUUCAUGGAUCUCAAACUAUAGCUACUUUAAUCGCCAACGUGUUGACUAAUCUUAUCAUGAAUUCGGAAAUACAAGAUAAGGUUUAUUCGGAGAUUAGCAUCGUCGGGAGAAACCCUUCAAAAUACGAGCAUGAAGAUGUUUAUAGGAUGCCUUUGCUAUUGGCGACAAUUUAUGAAUCUGCGCGUCUUCUCCCCACCGGUCCCAUGCUGCAGAGGUGUUCUACGAAACAAGACUUGAGAUUCGCAAAUGGUGUAACCGUGCCUGCUGGAGCUUUACUGGUUGUUCCGGUUCAAUUGGUACAGAAGGAUGACUUCAAUUGGGGGAAAGAUGCAAGUGAUUUUAAUCCGUACCGAUUUCUGUCAAACGUAACAGAAGGAUCAGGUUCUGAAGAACAACUUGAUUAUGGAAUCAGCUCGUUUGUACUAAACGAUCCAAGCGAAAAUGCAGCAUUUCUUCCUUUCGGAUCCGGUACACGUUCUUGCGUUGGGCAGAAACUUGUUAUCCAAGCUGUUGCCACAUUGCUGGCAUCGUUACUCAAGAAAUAUGAGAUAAAGUUCAACUCGGGCUCGGAUUAUGACUCGGAACCAUUGAAAAAUCUUCCUCUUCUGCAACAUCCUAAUUCACAAAUCCUGUUUGUGAGAAGGAACUAGUGAAAGAAAGAGAAAGACAAGUAUACUAUGUAUAGAUAAAGUUGGUGUUUUAGUUCAAGUCGAUUAUGCAGGAAAAUAUCAGCGUAACCGUUGUCUUUUCUUUUUCUUCACGCCUCGUAUUUUUCCUAAGAUGAAUGGGGAAGCUCGUCUCGAUAUUAAUGGCUUCGUUGUGGUUACAUGGGAGGAUACAACUUGUGUUUAUGAACUCAAGUUUUUUUCCUUCCUAGUUUUAAUCAUUGCCCUAGUGUUUGGCUUAAAGCCAUGACACAUGUUUUUGUUGGUGUUUUAAGCACUGAGGGUAUAUAAGUUGCUGCUAGGAGCCAUAGGUUUUCCUUCCCCUUUUCUUUUGAUGUUCUAAACUUUUUUUUACUUCUGUAAGAAGUUGGUCUUGUGUUGUAUCAUCUUGAUAUUGUCAAGAAUAAAUUGUAAUUGUAUGAGGAAUUGCACUGCUUCAAAUGCAACAUUUGAACAUGUCAAUGAAAUGAACCUAAGUCAAUGCUUCCUGAUUUUGUCA